UUCAGUCAGAUGCGUGGCGAACGUUGAAUUUAACGGUCGGUUUGGCAGUGAAAGUGGAAAGUGGAAGCCAUCGCCUCGCUCCACGAGCCAGCGAAUUGUUCGGUGCGGAAAAUAGAAAACAGGAGGGCAUAAAAAAAUAGUAAAAAAUAUACAGAUAACAAAGGAAUAUGAAAGUGAAAUAACCGAAGGGAAUAAAUACAUUAAAGUGUAUGCCUUGUCAAAAUAAAAAAGUGUGCAAACAGUCCCAAUUGUGUUCAAACUGUCAAAUGGAGAAGUGUUCAAACAUAGCCAUAAAUUAAACUUAUAAAAUAAACUAAAGUGCCACCAUUGUACUUGGAGUUGGAGUUGCUGAGCACUUCCGGGGCAUAAAACAGCUGGACACAAGGGCCUUUUAUGAGUGCGCGAAGUGAAGUGGCCAGCAGAUACCAAAUGGAUGCCGUCUAAAAUCAAAGAAACACAAAUCAAGACCAGAGGAAAAACAUCGGGGACGAGCAACAAUUAACGGGCGGAAACCAAAAUGUAUAAACAAUCAGCAAAAUGUGCAAAUUCGUGGAGUGCCAAUCGAAAGCCAGCUUGAGUGAAAGUGAAAAACUGCGGCGCGCGCAUAUAAUUAAUUAUCCAGCUGCUUAUUAGCGCAAUUUUGCCAAGGCAGCGCAGACAUUCUGUUUAUGGGCAAUUUUUCCAAACGCAAAUAAAACCGAACUGCUGCCAGUCGUGCAUUAAUAAUUUGCAUAUUCCGUCCCAUCCUUAUCUCCCCACCUCCCCCCAAAAAACAAUCACACAGAACAGACAGUGCGGCGUGUGGCGUUGAAGUGUUUAUUAAAUUGUCUUCGCCGCAAAUGCAAGACGUUUGCCCGACAAGCGGAGUAAUAGCACUUGCCCCCUCGAAAUGCUGGAGUUACAAGUUUGCGGAGAUUUGUCAGCCGGCGACUUGAGCGAAAUCCACAAAAUGGGACACCAAAGGGCCACGGAUAUGGCACAUCGGCAGACCCGGAGAAAAUCAGUUUGCCGGACUCUCCCCACCAGAUUCCUUCUGCUGCUCCUCGCCGUUCUACUGAGCAUGGAGCUCGUCGAAUGUGCGCUGCGCAAUGUCAAUUUAAUAAUCGAACCACCGGCUGUGCGAAGGGGCCAACAUGUGGUGCUGCGGUGCAUGUACGACCUGGACGGAGCUCCACUGUACUCGGCCAAGUUCUAUCGCGGCCAGCUAGAGUUCUACCGCUACACGCCCGGCGAGUUUCCCAACACGAAAGUAUUUCCAUUCCCCGGCAUUCAUGUGGAUGUAAGCAGCUCGAACGCCACCCAGGUGCUGCUGCGCAACGUGGGAUUCGCACUCUCUGGCAACUUUUCAUGCGAAGUGACCGCCGAUGCCCCACUCUUUUCGACCGCCACCGCAAUGGACACCAUGCAAGUUGUGGAGCUUCCCGAGAAGCGUCCGCAACUCUUCACGGAGCACACGCGCUACGAGCCCGGCGAUGUCCUGCGGGCCAACUGCAGCACCCCGCCGUCGCGUCCGCGGGCGGAGCUCACAUUUACCAUCAACAACAUGGUGAUAACCAAUGUGGAGACCCAGUACAUACGCACCAUCGAUAAUCUGAUUGCCUCACGGAUCUCGCUGAAGCUGCAGCUACAAGGUGUUCACUUUUCCAGUGUGAAUCCGGCCAUCUACAAUAGCGCCUACGGUCUGAACUCGGUGUACGGGCACGGCGGACCGGUUUAUGCCCCGAACCCGAAUCCGGGAGGAUUACUCCUGCGCUGCUCGGCGCAAAUCGGGGAUCUGUACCAGGAGUACAAGGAGAUUGAGUUGGGCACACCCCAGAAGGAUCCGGUACCGGCACGUGUUACGCUCUCAUCCGACUCGAGCCUGAAGAACUUUUUCAGCUCGUAUUUCUCGACUUCGGCAUCGACGGCAUCGCGACUUCUGCCCGGCGUCUAUAUGGCGCCGUUCAUAAUGGCCAUGCUGGCUGGAUUAUUCCGGCUAAUUGAGGUUGCAUUUGAGACCUGCAAUGCCAGCCAGCAGUCGUCAGUCGGGCAUUCGAUGGUACAUUCCAAGGAGCGAGGGGAGCGGCGUCCAUCUCUUCUGUCCUGCUGUAGCGCCUCCAAGGCGUCAAGACAGCAACUGGCCUGGCCAAAAUCACUGACAGAAAACCUGGCCUAGGCGUGUGCUACCACUUAGUUAAAGCCCUAAGUAAUUCAAAAUAUAUUAUGGGAAUUUACUGGACCUGGAAAAUUAAUAAGUACUUAAGUGA